UCUUGCUCUUCAAAUACUCCUCCAACCACAGCAGCAAGCUUAUCCAAUGAUGGCAUUCCAUAGUCUAAAUGCAGAAGGUAUAUCAUUAGAUCAAGCCACAAAUUAUCCUAUCCCAUACGAUCAUCAUCAACAACAAGCCUACUUGUUUAAUCAUAAUGGGCCUAUGCCAACACUCUCGACAUCCUCUUCUUCUUCUUCUUCUUUGUCAUCAACUCAUGCUGCUGGUUACGGUAACAGUUCUGAUAAUCGUGGAGCUCAAGUAUAUGUACGAAAAGCCUGUGUCUCUUGCAAACAAUCACAUGUUGCAUGCGAUGUCCAAAGACCUUGUGCGAGAUGUGUUCGUCUGAAUAAAGCAGAUACCUGUGUGGAUGCAGAGCGAAAGAAACGUGGUAGACCUUGCGGUUCAAGUAAAAAGAAAAAGGAAAGUAUGGUCUCCUACCUGUAAAUUUAAUAUUUUGUCACCUUUUUUUUUUCUUU